AACGAACGGAUAAAAACAACUCGUCAUUCAUUGACUUAAGGAUUUAUGGAAGAUUUUCUGAUUCAAAGUGCGCAAACCGUUGAUCGUUGCUAUGGAUACCGAGCUGUUGGUGACUGGAGUACUCCAGCUGACCUGGGGAGUCUUCUUCUAAAGAUAUAUGAAUGAGCUGAAGGCUACUCUGCGAGAUCUGGAACAACGCUAUUUACUCUUCAAACAGCAACAAUUCACAUUUGUUGCAGCUCUGGACCACACACGUGAGAACGCCCACGACAAGACCAAGCCUGUGUCUACUCUUUCACAGGUUCAAAAUUACCUGGACCAUUACUGUAACAAUUCAACAGACAAGCGAAUCCUGAUCAUGUUCCUGGAUCUUUGCAAAGAUCUGAGUGAAUUUUGUAGUCAACUUGAGGAUAUAAAUCCCAAAGCUUGCUCACCUGAUGAUAGACUGGAAAAAUGCAAACUCCUUCUCAGCUGCAACAAUGACAUGUCCAACAUUCGAGCCAAGUAAGUUUUGUAAAAUCAUUAUAAAAUGUCAUGUAUCGGUUUGUAUCGAUGUAGUCCAUCAAAUUCACAAUGCUGCACAAUUUUGCUGAAGAAAGGCUUGGCCUGGUGUGAUCUAGUAGCUCAAGCAAUUAAAUGUUUUACCACAAACUGAAAUUCACAUGUCCCAAAAUUCAUUUGUUGAAAUUCACUUAGCCUAAGAUCAAUAAAGAAAGAACUUCCAUUUCUGUAAUGUUUAUCAUGCUUAUAAUGUAGAAAAUGUGGCAGACAAUUUUCAUGUA